AUGUUUUUACUAAUUAGUUGUUGCAAUAAUAUACAUUUGUUAUUUGUAUUUUCCGUUUUGAGUUUUGCCAAAUUCAACCUCGAAAAUAGUGAAAAUCAUGUUUGAAGUCGAAACGAUAGGCACGAGUUUACCGGAUUUACCCAUGGACGCGGAUAAAGAAUGUACAUAUUAUUUUUACUAAUUAGUGGUUGCAAUAAUAUACAUUUGUUAUUUUGUAUUUUAUGUAUGUCAUUAAAGUAUUUUUUUGUUAAAUAUUUAGAAAAUAAUAAAAUAUAAUAAUUAUGUAAAAUAAUAUAUCUUUGGUAGAGAAGGGUUAGAAAUAAAUACAGUUUUAAUCUCUAGUGAAGUAAAAGCAAAAAGAGAGUAAAAGGAAAAAAUAAAAAAACAAACAAGUUGUUCAUUACGUUUAUCCUCGUCACUUCAUAUCCUUACUUAUCUUCGGUUUUAUAAAUGCUACAUCUGAUUUACAUCGGAACAAACAUUUUCUUUUAAAUAAAAAAUGUGUAUAAUUAAAUAUUAUACUAGACGAAUACUGACCGAGUGUAGCAUAGAAUAAACUUCAAGAGAAGAUUUUUACUAUGUAAUAUUAUUAUUUAUAUUAUUCACCAAAAUUCAAAUACAAUUGGUAUAACAAUUGUCACUUUAAAUAUUUCCAGAAAUUUCAAAUUCCACAACACAUCACAAGAAAAUUUCCAGAAAUUUCAAAUUCCACCACACAUCACAAGAAAAAGGAACAUCUAAAAUCCAGCUUAAAAGUUGCUGAUGAUAGUAAUACAGUAUGUUUGGAAUUUUAAAUCCUAUAAAAUAUAGUAAAUUACAACUACUCUUGAGGUAAAAUCUAUUUACGAAAAACCCCCUCAUUUUUUCAUAACUACAUCUAUUCCUGUAAUUGUAAAUUUCUUACAUUGAUACCCUUAUUAGGGGGUGAAUGUAAGAAAUUUACAAACUUAGGAGGCUGGAUGUAAUUUCUCAAAAGGAAGAGUUUUUAAAUUUACCUCAGGAAGGAAGUUGUAAUUUUACUCUAUAAAAUAUUACACAAUCUAAAUGUAUACCUGAAAUAAAAAGAAAAUAAAAAUAUUAAAUAUAAAUAAAUAAAAUCAGAAAAAACAAUCAAGUUGAUUUAGCUUUAGGAGAAACAGAUGCACCGGAAACUGAACAAAACCCAAAUCUCCGGCGAUCGGCGUCCAUCUUCUUUCAUUAAAAACUAUAUAUGCUCCACAUUUCUUACCUUCAAGAGAAGAUUUUUACUAUGUAAUAUUCUUGAUGGCAUUAAUUACAAAUAAUGAAAAAAUUAAGGUAAAUUCCCAUAUUAAUUAAUUUUUAGACAAAUAAAAUCCCAAACCUACAUUGUUUUCCUAAAGAAAAAGAUCCCACGUAAAAGUCUUGUAAAUCUUUAUCUACACAAAUAAUAUCGUAGGAAAAUCAAAAGCCCCAUUCGAAAAGAUGUUUAUGUAUUAAAACUGCAGAUAAUAUAAAUAUAUAUUAAAUAAAUAAAAUUUAAAUACUUUCUAUCUCCCUCCAUCUCUUCCCCCUUCACUGCUCAAUCUUUAACAUUACACACAUAGUGAAGAACAGUAAGCAUUAUCAUAUUUUGGAUUCUAUUAAUUUAUUUUAUUUUUUUGUUGAGAAAGAAAGAAAGAAAGAAGAAUCUUAUACUUACAUGCAGUCAUGAAUGAAUGAUGUUUGACAGCAAUUUGAUUUAACCCUCCAUUUUUAGCAUCUUGAUUUAUUUAUUUAAUCCCAUAAGAAUUAUUGAAUUUUGGGAUAUUAUUAUUAUUAUUUUAUUUUUUUUCAGAUGAAACAAAGCUCGUGUAUCGUGUUGCGUCCGGUUUGUUUUCUCAUGGUGCUGGUAUGUGUUUAAUUCAAUUUUGUUUGUUUUUAAAGAAAGUGUAAAUCUUUAACUUUAAUCAGUUCAAAAUUUUAUAUGAAUUGCUAAUUUUGCUUGCUGCAGGUACUUAUGGUGUUGUCUCUAUCUGGUUUAUUGAUCCCAUUAUGGAUCAUUAGGGUUACUAAAAUCGAAAACGAAGUAAAAGUUACCGCCAAAAAAACGAAUCAAGAAUUAAUUUCCGGAAUUCGAAAAACCGCCACGUUGUUUUCUCCUAUUAAUGCAUCAGCCAUCAACUUAGUUCGAGUAUUAACCUCGUCUCUCGACGAGCACGAUUUCCAAUUUUCCAAAAUUGAAUCGAAGGUAAGUAAGUGGCGCGAAUUCGACUUCGAGAACUUAAUUAAUUUUUCGGGAUAUUUUUUUUUAUUGGUCAUUAAAUGCAGGUUGCUUCGACGCUAUUUCAAGCGUUAUCCACAGUACCGUAUCUAUCGCAGAUUUCUUACAUUGGAUUAGACGGCCUAUUCUUCGCUUACUACACUCAAGAAAAUCAAAUUUACGCAAUGUACUCAAAUUCGACAUUUUCCGAUGCGAAGAACUACUCUUGGUACAUCCAAUCGGUGAAUCGUGACAGUGGAAAACUAUACGGUGAAGCAAUUAAGUCACCUCCGUUUGAUGUAGUAAACUCGACCUAUUUUCAAGAAGCGUCGAGUAAUAAAAACGGAUACGCCUCGGUCGGUACUUCAUGGGGAGAUACACAGAAUAUUCUUCUACUUAGUACCGUAAGUAUGUACGGAAAAGGGGUCGUUUCUUUAGGAUAUCCAAUGCAAUCACUAAUCGAUUUCUUGAUUAAUGAGAUAAGAUUUUACGAUGGGAGCUUUUAUUUGGCUUCUAAAAGAGAUGGGAGUGUUCUAGCUCAAGGGAUUCCAAACACUCGUAUGAUCUUAGCUGGCGAUCGAGUGGCGUUUCAGUUAUUAAGCGAAGAUGAUUACCGAGUUAGUGAAGUCGGAAAUCUCACGUGCCAAUCAUAUGAUGACAGCACAUCAAGAAACUAUGUGUUGAGCUUUUGGAAUAGAGAGUAUGUGAUUAAUUGUUCGCCACUCGACAUCGCCGGACUCCCUUUGGUAUAUGCAUUGGCUAUGCCACACGAGGGACUUUCGAGCUUAGUACACAAGAACAUAAAAUUGGCAUUCGUUAUGUUAAUGCUAAUGAUAGGCGUUGUGGUUAUUACGAUAUUGACGUUCGUGUAUCUAAUUGUCGAAGCUGCGAGAAGAGAGAUGCAUCUAUGUGGGGCCCUCAUAAGCCAAAUGGAAGCAACUCAACAAUCGGAGCGAAAGAGCAUGAACAAGAGCUUAGCUUUCGCAAGUGCAAGCCAUGACAUACGUGCUUCUUUAGCAGGGAUAAACGGUCUGAUAGAAAUAUGCCGGAACGAGGUUUCGAAGCGGGACCCACUUAGAUCGGAAAUACCUGCGAAUCUACUGCAAAUGGAAUCUUGCACGAGGGAUCUUUUGGGAAUCUUGAACUCGAUUCUCGAUACGAGUAAGAUAGAGGCAGGGAAAAUGCAGCUCGAUGAGGAAGAGUUCGACUUGGAGAAACUAAUGGAAAAUGUGGUUGAUUUGUACCACCCUGUGGGUACGAAGAAGGGCGUGGACGUAAUUUUGGACCCGUUCGACGGCUCGGUCACGAAGUUUUCUCGUGUGAGAGGUGAUAGAGGGAAGCUGAAACAGAUUUUGAGCAACUUGUUGAGCAAUGCUGUGAAGUUUACGUCGAACGGGCAUGUAGUGGUUCGAGUUUGGGCUAAAAAACCGAGUCUUGAAAGUGGGAUUAUUGCUUCGAACAGAAGCAACUCGAUGAGCUGUCUUUUGUGCUUGUUCAAGAUCCAAAGAGCGUAUAGUGAAUCGGAAGCUACUCAAAGGGAAACAAAUAACCGCAUGGAGUUUGUUUUUGAGGUGAACGAUACGGGAAAAGGGAUUCCGAAAGAGAAGCAAAAAUCGGUUUUUGAAAACUACGUACAAGUCAAAGAAACUGCACUCGGUCAAGAAGGCACCGGUUUGGGGCUAGGCAUUGUUCAAUCUCUGGUUCGUUUAAUGGGCGGGGAGAUAGGAAUAGUGGAUAAAGAAGCUGGCGAAAGAGGGACUUGCUUCCGGUUCAACGCGUUUUUCGAAACGGAUAGUAAUUCUUCUCCGAGUGCUGAUAUCGAGUCUAUUGAUCACGACUCGUUUCGCCACUCGGGUACUGGUUUACGUACCCACAGCCCGAAAAACGAAGGCUCACAAGUCCUGCUCUUGAUUGAUAGUCCCGAAAGAAGCACUCUCUUGCAAGGUUUCAUGCACAGAAUCGGGAUUAAAGUACACGUUGUGAAGCAGUACGAACAACUCUCUCCGUCUUUGAAGAGGAUCAAGCUGAAGCUGAAUUUAUCCAACUAUAGCUCUUCGGGAAAAUCCACUACUUCAAGUGCACGUUCGAAAAAAGAGUUCCCCUUGAGUGCUCUAGAAGGAACGGAUGACGUUUUAACUCAUCCUCGGGCCGGGUUUUCGGGCUUUGUUUUGAUUGUGAUCGACACGAGUGUGGGCCCGUUCAGGGAGAUAAGUAGGGCUGUGGCUGAAUUCAGAAGGGACUUGAGUGAAAACUGUUGCAGUAGAGUUGUUUGGCUUGAUAGUUUACAGGGGCUUGAUGAGGAUAAUCUGCCACCGUUGGAUUUAGUCAUUUCGAAGCCGCUUCACGGGUCCCGUUUGUAUCGGACUAUUGGGCUUUUACCUGAAUUUGGGGGGCUGCCGCCCCCAAGAAGGGGAGAAGCUUCACACAGUGUUGAAAAAGUUGGACGUGGAAAUGAUGUUGCUAGUUCGGAUGGGGGGCCAAGUAAGAAUUCUGUGAAGGGAUCAAAGUGUGAGAUUGAGGAAGUUGGAGGGGCGAACAGCAAAAAGAAACCGCUGACGGGGAGGAAAAUACUCGUGGCGGACGAUGAUCCGAUCGGUCGAAAGAUUGCUACUUUUGUGGGUGUGCAGCUUGGUGCAAGUAUAUUUCCCUGUGAAAACGGAGAAGAAGCUUGGAAACUAGUCUGCAAGAGUCUAGACGAAGGGAAGCAUAUUGGAGCUUCGAAGAGUUCACUCCCUUUCGAUUGUAUACUAAUGGACUGUGAGAUGCCGGUGAUGAAUGGAGUCGAAGCAACGGCAAGAAUCAGAAAAGCAGAGGAAAGUUACGGCGUUCGUAUACCGAUCAUCGCACUAACUGCACACAAGAAGGGGCAAGAGAUCGAUAAUAUGAUUCAGGCUGGAGUCGACGGUUACUUGACCAAACCACUCAACAAGGAUGUUUUCUUGAAAACUAUUUCUGAAAUUAUUUGCAAUGUAUGA